AUGACUCUUCCUUCUAAGGGUACGCCCUCCAGUGCAGAUAAACCUUCUGGAGAUGCAAUUUUUUCACCAGAAGGGAACGCGGGAAGCAUGGUGGAGGCUACGGGGGUGGCCUUGUUAGAGGCAUCCCUCUCUCCCCAGAGCCUUGGCGAAGUCUCGUUCUCAGUGAUGAGCCCGGGCCCUCAUCCCUCUGAUUCUUCCCCUUCGGCAGGACCUCAUUUUCUGGACGGCUUUCAGACGUUCGAUGAGCCCCUCGACGUUGAAGGCUUCAGCUGUUACACUUUCCUUGGUCGCAUGGGGGUCCUAGGGCCCGUCAGUGAGGAGUCAGAAACCCUCAUUCUUGAGGGGGCCUCUCGCAUCCUCAAGGCAUAUCGAAGGGAGCUCAUAGGGAUGACAGCUCACAAGAGACUUAGGCCGUGUGCCAGGAGCAGCAGAGGGGCCCCAGCGGGUUUUACAGGGCCCCCGCUUGGGCAGCACAAGUGGUCUGGGACCUCCCUAUCAUCCUGCGUUGACUCCACUUAUCACCUGCAGCUGCCGCCUCCGCUUCUCACCUAUCCAUCAGAUGCAGACGCUGCUGGUUCCACUGCCCCCAUUCCUGAAGAGGCUACUGAGUGUGCCACAUGGGGCCCGGGGGAGCCGGAGCUCCUGCGUCCCCCAUUGUUACGUCCUGUGGGACUCUCUGGAGCUGAAAUGGUGGCAGAGGCUCAUGUUGCCUUUUGUUUCAGUCGUCUGGUGGUCUCCUCUGUGGCUAGCUGCUCGCAAGGGGGGGGAGGGCCCACCAGUUUCUUGCCCUUGUCUGGCAGUCUGAUGUACGGCAGUUCUCGUCCCGGGGAAAGCCGGGAGACCGAUGGGAGCUCUAGGGCCCCCUCGUGCGUGAGACUGGCAGGCUUAAGCGAGAGCGAGGCUUUGGUGCCUCUGCUUGAAUCCAACUUGGAUGGUCAGGCCUCUUUUUGGGGUCGCACUUUUUCCCAGUGGUCAAAUGAAUUCGGAGGGGAGGACAGCCGCGAGAUGUUCACUUCGCAGCAGCCCCAGAGCAAUGCGCCUCCCCCCCUUGUCCCCUCCUCAGAAGAAAGUCUCCUUGGCCUUCAACCGUUUUCGGAGGCCUCUAAUUUUCAGCAGCUGGUGCGGCUCUUUGGGCGGAGAGAGAGACAGUUGCGCAGCUUGAUACAGGCCAGGGACCCCUCCUCCCGCGAGGGGCGGGACUGUGAAAGCCUCAGUACAGAGGGCCUCCUCCACAGCCAACAAACUGCCCGGCAAACAGCACCGUCAGAUGCAACUACUACCGUUCCAGCAGCAGGAGUCUCAAGCAGCGACCCCGUUGUAGCGUCUCUUGAGUGGCUGUCUCCCCAGCCUUUGGAGUUGCCACGACACGGAUCUGAGGCAACUCCUGAAGGAGCCUAUGGGGUCGCCUCCCCCCCCCCAUCGCUAGAGGACGUGCUUACUGGGUCUCUAAGUAAGGCAGGCUUCCGGAUGCAGUCUGCUGCCCUCCCUAGAGCUCUCCAGCCCUUGAGACUCCGCCUGUGUGCCUUUCUCGCUACUGCAGCGGCGUUGGAUUCGCGGAUAUCUGAAGAGGGGGAAGAAAGCGCCAAGGCAGCUGCCGAUUCUUCGGGCACCCUCGUGGCGGAAGAUGUACGGCCUGCUGAGCCAUCGUUUGGUGCCCUUUGGGGGGAGGUAGUAGUACCUGCCAAAGAGGGCAGUACAGAAGAGGCAGACGAUCUGGACUUGUGGGAGCAGGAUCGUGCGGCCCCCAGUGAUGAGGGGUGUCCGAGCUUCUGCGAGCUUCGUAACAGUCUUGAUCAGGAAGCAGCGGCUCCCCAGCUUCUGCGGCUUUUGCAAUCUGCUCGUCGGCGGCUUUUAGCUGCGCGACCUGCAGCGUUUGGUGGGAGCACCGGUAGAAUUGUCGCGGGGGGCUUCCAGAGAAACUUUGAGGCAGAGGCAGCUGGAAGUUCUUACCACCGAGGAAGCAGUGCGUAUGUCGGGAUGCGCCGGGUCCUUGUGAGUAUUUUGAGGGCUGCGCGAAAGCAGGUGAAGCGGAAAAAUGUGCUGGGGCUUCAAGCGAGAGACACACAGAGGUUAUUGGCAAAAGGGGAGCAGCAGGCAGAGGAAGCCAUGGGGAAGGCUGUGGACUGUCUUCUCCUUCUUGCCUUGCAUGGAGGCACUCUGACGUGCCUCUUAGAGUUUUUACAUUUGCUGAUGGAGACGAUUGCAGAUCUCCAGCAGCCUCUUCUUGGAAUGAGCAGUCCCCACUAUCCUCGGCUGCAAGCUGAAGCCUUGAGAGGCUGCAGUAGCGGGAGCUCCACGUUGCCGCAGGAGCUGCAGGGGCAGCAUUCGGCGGUUAGAAACACCCUCAAGUUCUCGUUUCCUUCUUUGGAUGCAUUAGAACUCCUGGCGCUGCAGUCGCGUUGUUGCUUUGCUGCGAGUCUGGACAGCCGAAAAACGUUUUCAGUGGGAGGCCGCCAGAGCUUUCGCUCGUCGCGGGAGAGGCCUCACUCAGUCCUCUCCAGCGCUAUUGGAUCUGCAGGCGCCUCUAUAGCGCAGCUGCAAGUAGUUUUGCCGGAUGAUACAAAUUCUUGGUUUUUUCCUGGGGGGGAGGGGACAACGGCCUCGGGCCCUUCUUGGGGGCAGGUGGACAGCGAUGGAUCUGAGAGCAGCACGUGCCUUUUGUUGGAGUUUCUCUAUGGGAAUGACCGACUCAUUCGGCUCCGAAAAGACGCGAGUAGCAGUCUGGGGGUUGUACCCAAGAGCAGCGCUGAUGACGCGGCCGUUCUUUUGUACAUUGAGGCAUCGGGAACGGCGCUGGCUGUUUGGACACGCGAUCCUGGAGAGACUCAGACUCAGUGCAGCUGCCUAGGAGAGAGAGGGCCAGAAGGGGGGGCCCCAAAGGCCUUAGUGGCGCUGUUUGAUGUGCGUGGCGAGAGAAAUCUCACUUUGGAUGUGCUGGUCGAUCGAGGGCGUUGGCAGCCGGAGUUGAAAGAAGCGGCGGAAGCCUUAGAGGCCUCAGCAGCGCCGCACCGGACUCACCCGAGCAGAGGCUCCGUCUUAGACAGAGUGAUGACACUCGUGCAGCAGCCAAGAGAGGAGCUGGUGAUUUUCUUGAAUGGCAAGAAGCUCUGUUGCGUGCCUCUUCCUCCCUCGCCGACUGUUGCACCGGUGCUUCAAGGCCGCACGAAGCAACUGCUCCUUAGGGCUCGAGUUGGCGGGGGGGCUAUCCUCAUUUCCCCGGCCUCGCCGUCGUUCUCCCCCGCCUUUGUGGAAGAGCUGCGAGCACGUGCAGUGCUUUCGCAGCCCCCCCAGGCAAGCCGCCAUCACGAUAACAACAAAGACAACUAUCUGACACCAGACAGCCCGCUGCACGGCGGGUUGGGAGCCAUGAGUAUUGCGAAGAUUUCCUUGGAGCGCCUGCUGCAGCUUUCUUGUGAGGCCCUGCACCGUCUCUGUUUGAGGGGCAGUCAGGAAGCAGGAGCCCUGCACAGCAUCACAGGCAUUCCUCGAAAUCUGCCAAAUGAUUCCACCGGCCUCGAAGAACCGCUUUCGGGGUCGCAUCGGGUUGUUGCCUUGGGAGAUAUGACGGCAGUAGAGGUAGCGCUCCGCCUGUUGGAGCUGCAGCAGCAAUUAUGGCAGUCCGGAGAAAGGGGGCAGUAUACGAAGAAAAGGCAGCAGCUGUAUAGCGAAGGGCCGUCUCACUCGGAGGGCGUGGAAGCCCAACAGCAGCACGUAACAAGUAGCGAUGGGCAUAAAUGCAGACCUGAUUCUCCAGUGGAUGUGGCUGCCAUGGCGUCUCCCACAGCCAGCAGUAGCGGAACCGGUAGCACAGCCCCUACGGAUUACCUUUUUGGAGAAAUGUUUUGCACUAGUUCGCGCAGCAGUUCGUCCUUCCCCAGUAUCAACAGUGUAGGCGGCUUCAAGAGCCCUACCCUUAGCCAGCGGCAGCAGAGUUCUUAUCCGCAGUUAGACGGAGGAGCAAUGCAUGCCGGAAAACAGACACUUUCGCGGCAGUCUGGCCCUCUUGAAGAGCAGACUGCAACUCGCACAGAUGGAGGCGCUGCUGUAUCCGUUCGCGUGUCACUCCAGCAGUGGGAAGAGCACAGGCAGGAAACUUUGUUAGAGCAGAGGCUCUGGCAGGUUAGGGCUGAAUGCAUGUUUGGUGUGCUGGGAAUUUUGCGUCUGCUGCUAAGCCCACGCCACCCGCUGUCUCAGGGGAGGCCACACCUCCUUGCCCCCCUUGCACCUCGUCUCAUGAGCGCACUCCUCUUCUACUUGGGGGCUGCGCCUCCAGCUAGCCGAGUCUGCUGCUGCAGCGCUUGCAAGGGAGUAGUAACACGGGAUCCGGAGCUCGUGCAGGUCUUGUUUGACGUACAGGGUGGGGCCUGGCUUUUGCGGAAGGCAACAGUAGCGAUCUUCACUUCCGCCACCCCUGGGAAGCUUCGCAUCCUCCUGAGCCGCGCGAGGCCUCAGACGCUGCAGCUGCUGCUGUUCGCCUUGAGCAGUCCGAGGCCCUAUAAAGAAGGACUGGCCGCUACGCUGCUUCAGGUUUUGGAGAGAAACAGGGCCGGUAGGAUUGUUGUUAUGCGCCUUCUGCAUGAAACUCGCGCUGUUGGAUUGCCUCUUGCGCACGAGUCAUCUCAGCAGGCAGCAGCCUCGGCGGACGGCAGCAGCCGUGCGAUCGAGCUGUUGCCGGGGUGUGAAUUUUCGCUUGAAGGCUGCAUCGGGGGGGUCGCGGAGAGCACGCAGCCUCACCAGAAGGCCCCUACAGCGGUAGAGAAAGAAGAACGGCGGGAGCUUUCAAAGAUGGGAAUUUAUCCGUGUGGCUUUCGUCCAGUUGGUGCUGCAGGGCACAGCUUUUGUGGAGUGGGGAUAAGCGAUUCUGUAGGCCUUCUGAGUUGUUCGGGCAGGAGGCGUUUUAGCGCGAAAUACCAGCAGCAGCAGCACCCUCAUGGCCUAGUGACAGGGGGCUUGUCUACUCUGCGGGAUGCGUGCCACCGUCUCUCCUCUUUAGAGGGAAGCGGUUUUUGGCCGUUUCUUACGUGUCUGCUUGAAAUGACGGAGUCGCAGCUCAAGGAGGCCCUCGUUGAAGGCAAGGCGAGCAGUCAUCCCGCUUGUUCGCAGUCUUGUGAUGAGCAGCGAGGCAGCGCGUCUGCCCCGUGUUGCUUGAGCAGUUUGAAGGCGGAAGCCGCAGCAGGGCCUGUUACCUACGGCUCCCACGCCUGCAGAACGUGGGGGCCUUGCAGCAGCAGCAGUGGCUCCUGCGGAGGGGGCUCUCAGCCUCUCCACUGCUCCCCAGGAUUCACGCUGAGUGUUUUGUCGAACCCUCGUCUCGUGGGCUUGCCAGUAGGUGCAGCCACGGGCAGCGAGGGAUGCGCAUGCAGCGAGCUGCACAGGCCAGCAUUGUGGGUGCCACUUCAGCACCGACUGCAACAGCUGCACGAGUCGCUGUACCGCGGGGAAGAGUCUUUGUGGGGGAGCGCGGAAGGCGCCUCGGGGGCCCCACGGGGGGGCCCCUGGAGCCGUUUUCCCGGUGUACAGACAGCCUGCUGUGGUGGCAGCGAGCCCGCCGCCCUGGUAGCCGCCCAUGUCGCGCGGCACGCAGCUGAAGUCUGGCUAUGGCGUUUAUUCCGAAAACUUCGCCUUCGUAGACUCCACAUUGCAGGGCAACCCACAAGCAGAUCGAAUCGGGAAGACGUGUCCACCUUUGCAAGAGUUGCAGAAGCGAGCGGUGGGGGCAUUGCAGAGCUGGGGAUGCCUGCACUCGCCACAGGCACUUCGAGGCCCCCUGCGCUCGGGCACAACAAUCUGCAUUCACCGCAGUCCUCCGCAGCGGUCUGUCUGUACCUGGAGAAACUGUAUAAGGCUGUGCUUCGUACGGCGAAUAGACUUGUCGACUUCAUGCUGAGAAAGGCUGCGUCGGCGGGGCCUUUGGGUAUAUCAGCAUUUGUUUCUGAGUCUGGGGGCAAUGUUGCAGGGAGAGAGCAUGCACGUACACCUCAGCCUGCUUCGGAAGCACCGGCAGCUGCAUCAGGAGCAGACGUCUGUAAGGCGUGCAUGCGGCAUGGAUUACUGAUUCUAGGAGGGCCCUUAGGGGCCUUGGGGGGGGGGGGACCCUGUCUGCGUCAUGGGUGCACCUUCCUUGGAGGCGGUGUUCUGCCGCUGCUGACCUUUCUUACGCCGCUGUUGCAGCGCCUUUUGACGCUUGGCGGGGAGAAAGAAAGUUUGAAAACGAAGAGCAGCAAUAAGACGAGUCGUUCGCGGGCUGUUGCAGGCUCGGUAAACGGGGGGGGGAAUGAGGAUUGUGUAAUAGGCAGCAUCAUGGGGCUCGUGCUUCGGCUGUGGCCUGAUAUUUUGCAGCUCGCCUUGCGGAGUUUGCUGCUGCUGCGUCAGCUGAAUUCCUGUUUUUCCGAGGACACGACAAGAGGCCGCCUGCACCCCCUCGUGGAGCAGCUCCUUGGCAUCUUGGCAACGACAUCGAGCAUUCUACAAUGUGUAGGCAGCUUUUCCCCGCUUCUCUCGAAGCUGCACCUCGAGUGCAGCUCUUACGGAUUCCAACUGCAGAGCGAAACGGGGGCAUCAUCAGCGGCCGAAGCCAUAGAGUCUCUUCCCCCUCUGUUGGUAGGAGGAGCACGGUACAUAUCUGCGCGUGGGGAGGGCCUUUUGGGGGCCCUCGAAGCUGCUCUAAGGACGAGUAUCUUGUUGCUGCUGGAUUGCUCUCCUCGCACAUGUGGCACCGUCAGAAUCAACGAAAUCCACCUGCCCAGCACCAUAGAAGACUUCCUGGCCGCUACGCAGGUGCCUCCUGCAAGGGGUGUCGGGACUUCUGAGACGCGGGUAUCUGCAGCAGUGGCUCGCAGGGAGACGUCGGGGGCCCCUUCUUCGCCUCUGCACAUCAAAGACACCUCGGCUUCAGCUUCGAAUGCAGAGGGAAAGGGUCCUUCCACGUCCUCUGGAGACGGAACGCGUGGGGAAAAGGCUUCCCAGCUCGCAGGAAACGAAGGGCUUCCUACAGAUCUUCCAGAGGCUGUUUCGAGUGCCGUUGCGUCAGGUAGCUGCUGCCCCUCUUUGGUGCGACUGCUUAAGGGGGAAGGGGCAGAGGAGGCCUUCGGCAGCCGAUUCAGUGCCUUCCAUCCGCGGGUUGCAGCCGUUCAGAGGGCCAUAGGGGCUGCCGUGCUGCAUCUUCUAGGCUAUGAGGGGCCCCCACCGGCUGGGGAACGGGUGCGACUGCCCCAGGAGGCCCUCCUACAAGGGGAGUCUGAGGACGCAGAAGCGAUGAUUAGUUUGGCAGCGUCUCUGGCCAGGAGAGCCGCCAUUCAGCUGCUCUCCAGGUGGCAACGUAACUCUGCAGACAAGAGCAUGGAGGGAGAAGGGCUCUCUGGGGAGGGCGACAAUGCUCUGCCUACUCCUUUGGCAUUUUCGGACUCUGAUGACUCUUCCAGGGGGUCUCCCCUUAGCGCAGGCAGCGUCAGCAGUCCUCAGAAAGCGCAGCAGCGGCAGCGACGGCAGCAGAGCAGAGCAGAGGAAGCUAGCGGGAUUAUUUCCCGGUGUCUUUGGCUGUUGGGCUACUGCCCUAGGGGCCUCGCUGGAUCGGAAAGUGCGCUGUGUUCUCGGAGAUGGAGUCGUCAGCUUGUUGGAUCCCACAGGGUAGGCUUUGUACAGCGCGAGGAUGUGGUGCUUUGUCGAGCGACUUCAUGUCCUGACAUGGCCGUUGGUGGGAGCACAGGAAGUCGCCUUCGAACUUGGGGGUACCCACGUCCUCGUGGGGCAGUUUUCGCUUGUCUGAAAAAGAGGGAAGGGAGGGGGAACCCUUUGGACUCUCACACAGAGGCGUCAGGAAGCCCCAGUCUAGCAUCCGCUUACUCUGGCGGGGUGGGGGUUGGGCAGAGAGGACGAGGCGCUUCUCGCAUUUCCUGCAGUGGCCUCAACGCUGUUCGGAGUGUCGAUGUCCUCAAGCGUUUGUUGCGAAGCAUCCAACGCAGAAGCCGCCGCAGCGGCUCACAGCCAUGGGGUCGAACAUCGCGUGUUGCAGCAGCAGCGGCUGCUGCUGCUGCUUCUGCUGCUUCUGCUGCUGCUAUCGGCGGCGAUCUGCUCGCAGGCAUGCGGGGGAAAGGGACGGGGCCCCCAAGGAAGCGCAUGAAGGACGGCCUUCCGACGCUGCCCGAGGAUGUUAUGAACCCUCAACAACGUCAGCGGUGGCCAUGGGAUGCCUUACAAGAAGUUGUGAAUUGUUCGGGGGCUUCUGGAGUGGUGGAGAUUCACGGGGGGAGCGUAGCUAAUGAAAGCGGCUUGACUGCCUUGAUAGACUUUAUGCUGAACGGGAUGGACACGCAAACAACGCAGCGCGUGCUCCUUGUUGAGCAGCUGUCUUCUGUGAUUCGAUAUGUGGUGCUGCGGAGCAUGAAGGCCUUACUAAUGGCUGGACUUUGUUGCACGGGGCCUUUGCCCGCGUCAUCUCCUUUCGUUGAACCCGAAGCUCCCGGCCGUCAGAAGUCCCAUGAAGAUCUGAGCUCAGGCGCUGUCACGCAGCGGCUUCUCCCUCAGGAAGAUAAACGCUCAGAAGACUGCCCUGCUGAGGGUGCAGGGGACGAAGGGGCCCUCCUCAGCAGUCCUAGACUCCACAGCAUCAGGGAAGGCUUUCCGCUUUCCGAGGAAGGGGAAGAAGAACAGCCGCAGCUGCCCGUUGGUAGGUGGUCCGACAAAGCCUUUCCCGCUUUCUUUGCACGAAGAACUGGAGGUUCAGGAGGCUCUACGUGUCUCUCCGCUACAAUUGGCCUUUCUGUUCGCCCUCUACCCUUCACAGCCACAGCCCUUCCUGUGCAGAGCAUGUCGGGGGGAGGAGGAAGCGGCAGCAGCGGAACGGGGGGAGACGCGCAGGGGAGGGCCUGCGAUCGAGACAGCAGCGACGUGAGCUGCAGAGAUGUCAGCUGUACUACAGCGAGUUCUGACGGAGGCUGCGCCCUCCUUUACCCUUUGGAAGGGAUGCCGCGUCCAGGACUGCGGUGGCCGCUGCUGCUGGACUUGUUGUUGCCGUCCACAGAAAAGAACCCUAGUCUUGGAGCUCUGUCAAGUCGAGACAGCAUUUAUGGCAGGAAGCCCCUAGAUCGCCCUCCUAGCGGCACCGCCAAGCGGUACGCUGGUUGGUUAAUUCUUAAAAUGCUGCAUUCCCUGGGGAUCUCCUUGAUGGGCAGCUCCUCCGCAUCUGCAGCACUGAUGGGGGAAAAUGGCCUCCUCAACGCCCCUGCAGACGGUUCCUCUGCUGCACCUCACAAAGCCGCCACCUUCUGGCUCUUCCAACCCCUCGCAGAUGCCCUGCAUGCGUCGCUCAGCGAAAUUAUCCGGACUACGUUUGAGUGGCACUUUCAAAGGAAUCUUCCAGACAUGUCUGCUCUUGCACUGCCUCCUCCGGACCACGGAGCCUUCCAAAUGCACCCUGCAGAUUGUUGCUGGAUGGAAGAAGUCCUGCGCCUUCUAACGCUCCACUUCUGCCUCGGCACGGAGCCUCUAGACAGCAGCGAAGUGGUCGUGCUUUUCUUGCAGCACCUCCUGGCCCUUGCCCAUCCAGUGCCUCUGAAAAUCCAACUUGGAGAAUGCAAAAGCAGGGGACCCUCGGCGGAAGCAUUGGCUUGCGGAGAGACAGUAGAGGGCACUUCCUUGUUUCCGGAGUACCCCCACGGGCCUGCUAUCGAUGGUCUCUCUGCUGAUACUGCUCCUGCAGCAGCUUCUCGUCCUCCAGCGAAACAUGUUGCAAGCACUUGCUCGCAGGGUGACGGCCAGAUGAAGCCCUCCACCCCAGGAGUGCCUGCGUCCAUCGACAGAAUCUGCCCUAAAAGCUCUUUUCCCAGAGCGCAGUACAUUCCCCUUUCUACGGCCAUAACUGCAGUGCAAGUCAGGUGUAUCGACAACCGGCGGUGGGCUUCAGAUGGAGAUCUUUUGCAGCGAGGCUUUCAACUGAGAGAAAAAGCGAGCGUUGCAGGAUGUACCGUCGUCCUGUAUGUACAGCGGCGCCACAGUGCUCUACCGUUCACCCCCCCUAUUCAGAGCCUCGGUGAAUGUGUAAUGGAAGAAACUCCGAGAGAUGAAGGGUUUGGUCUGCUCACGGAUUCCUUAACCGGAAGCACUGGCCUUCUAACCGUCUCGUGUUUAGGGCGAGAAGCAGGAGGGGAGGGGGCAGGGAAGGAAGGAAAUUGCGGGGGUGCCGUCCCCGCUCAUCGUUUUCUGAGUACUUUGUUGUUGUCCUUGCUACACGCUUGUGGUGAUCGUCCCACGGCCUCAGAGCCUAAUGGCGAAGAAGAGGUGAUCUCGGAUGUUCGUUUGCAGUUGCACGUUCUUGAAGGACUUGAGGGGGCGUCUAGUGAGACAGGAGAGCACCUCCAGCCGAGCUGUGCAGCUUUGGAGAGGCUUGGAUUCUCUGUGGAGCAGACGUUCUCUCUUUCUCCCGUCCUUAAGGUGCACCUCUGGACCAGCAAAGGCCUCCUGGUGUAUGAGGCUCUCCGCGUUGAUGCUGACGGCCUUGACGCGGAAAUUGACAGCCGAGCGAAGGGCAUGCAAGGAUUGGAAAAACCUUGUUGGGGUGCACCUCCGACAGCGAGCAAGUCGGACAAGAGUCUGCCGUCCCCUACCCUAGGAGGCCCCGGACUGAUGCGGGGAGGGGGGGAAGACGUAUUGCUGUGCUCUCGACAAGGAGACGGCAAGGGGGGGAUCGACGGAAAAAAGCAGCUUUCCCGUGUGCGUCCCUACGAAGGGGCUGCUCAACGCCUCCAGCAAAGUGCCUGGAAGGCCUUCCAGGCCGCUCUGUGGUUUAUUCUUGUAGCCUCUGAGGAUGGAACUCCCAAGCCUUCUCCAGCGCUGUCCUCGAUCUCUGAAGUCAAAGGCUCGCCACCUCUCUCUCCUCAGAGCUGCACCUCUCCAGGAGGAGGGGGAGGAGCAAGCCGCGAGACCGCUGGCAGUCGUUCACAGGAGGCCUUGCGAGCGACUAAUCAAGAGGCUGUUCGCCGCGAUGCCGUCGCUGUCGAGGCCUUGAAGCUGACACUGUGCACAGUCCAGCGCCUUGUGGACUUGCAGGAGCAGACUCUGAAGGUGUUACAUCUCAACAACAGUUUGGGGAUCCGGGAAGUCCUAACGAAGUAUCCGGAACGGCGCUCAAGCAACUCUCCGCAGACGGGUAAGGGCGAAGGAGACCGCUGCUGGGGUGACGAUGAUGCAAGGAGCGAUGGACUUGUAUCGAGCCAGGGCCUCAGCCGGAGCAGCAGUAUUACGGAGAUUGAAUCUGCGCUUGUAGAGGAGGAGGAUUUGAGCUCGCCAGCGUCUCUGCAGUCCGCCGAGCGAGUGAUAUUUACAGAGCGGCUAAUUUCGAGGGCUCUAACGGCUCUCCUUCGUUGUGUGUGUGCUUCCACGUUUGCCGCGCGUCUCUUAUUGAGAACACUUAUUGUAGGCUUCAAGAACCUCCCAUCGCAGCUCGAGACUACGUUGCGGACUCUCCACGUCAAGGCGGAUCUGUAUAAGCUGCUGGCGGAAUGUGUGCGUCGCAUGCCGCAAGACGGAGGCGAGUGGGGGACGUCUCUCGCGUCCCUGUCUCUCUUUGGUCAUCAUCGAGGCUUGUGGAAUUCCCAGGGAAGCCUUGGCAGGGAUGCCCCCGAGACUGCUUUCCAGCUGUUUCCUCCGCUCCAGCCGAUCACCGUAGGCAGUCUUCUGGAUUGUGCGGGGUCGCUCGUGAAGCUGCACGAGGAGCAGCUUGAGUCAAAGACGGCGGAGGCGUUCUGCUCCUCUGACUCCCCAUCCCCCAGCCAAGGGCCCCCCGACACUGCCCUCCCCCCUGCAUGGCCUUCCGGAAUUAUCAGCGAAACUUUUGAAGGCGGAGCAACCCGGCACGAUGCAGCUUCCCUCUCUACGGAGGGUCCUGACACACUUAUCAACGAGGCACUCGAAGAAACUCCUGCCUUGUCUGCACCGACGACGUCAUCUCCCUCUCGAGAAGCCCCCGGAAACUCCUCUUACGGCAGUCGAUACGACAGCCUGUUUGCGUCUCUCCCGCAGUCGGAUAUCUUCUUGUGCGCGGAACCCUCCUCAGAUUUCCAGGCCGAAGUGCACGGACGCACGUUGCAUGUCUUGAGAGCCCGCAACUUGGGGGGUAUCUCGCUGUGCAGAGCACCUCUCACUUUUCCUGCUCUGCAAGUGGAGCCUGGCGAAGCAGCUGAUGUCUUAGGCUUUAGAGUUUGGUCUGCGGGACGGUUUGGCGUGACUGUGGCUCCAGCGGACUGCGUGUUAUCAGCUGCGCAGGAGCUUUUCGACAGGAAUGACGUCGUGGGCUUCCGCACGGCAAGCUGCCCCCCCUUCUGGGAAGACGUCUUUGCUACCACCGUCACCUAUCAGCCUGGCGAUUACCUGAGCGUCAAAUUCACGGUAGACGAUCAGCCUAAUGGACAGCGCUGCCUCCACACGGAGCUACACGUCUCUGGCGAGAGUAUCGGCUCCGUCCUGGAAGUCUUUUACGAUCAGCUAUCUCAGGUGGAUCAACCUAGGAGAAUGAACCUUGUUUUCGUCUUCCAAGAUCCCCUCACCGUUGUUUACGGAGGCCCCGACUUCACCCUGCAAUACCGCGAUCCCGACUUAGGGAGACUCAGCAGCCGUCCUCAGGGAGCAGCUGGCCAAGAAGGCUCUCCGCUAGGGGGGAGCCUCUCCGCAGCCCAGUACCCCCCUUCCCGACAAAUGCUGCGCUGGCAACGCUUGCAUCCCCUCUUCUUACAGAGUGUCCAGCUCUAUCAGGCGGUGUUGUUGGCACCGGAGGGAGGCCUUCUUGGGGAGAGGCGCAAGGUGCUCGAACAGCUAGCCGGCCAGAUGCAUGCCGCGUCUAAGGCCUUGGGCUCCGCCUUCGAGACCCUGUGCAGCCGCUACGCAGAGAUAGCCUCUCAGCAGGGAGACCCUUCGCAAGGGCUGCUUCUCGAAAACGGGAGCAGCUCGCAUGCACUGGCAAGCACGAAACACAGAGGCGAGCGUCGUCACGCCGCCAGUCCAGGAGAGAGGCGUGGGGAGCUCGAUGGAUGGAAGAAACCCCAAGAAACUGCCGCAGAGGGGAGGCGACAAACGAGCACAGGCUUGAGGCCCUGCAAUCUUCGAGGGCAGCAGAGUGCAGUAGCUCUCGAAGAAAGAGAAACCCUGCAUGUCUGCAGACGCGGCGUAGCUGCCCUUGCAGUCGUCUGUUGCGAUUGCAACGGGAGGGGAGAGCUGCAGCAUGUGUUGGCCGUGGCGAAUCGUCACAAACCUGCCGGAGGAAGCGACCCCGAUGGCAUUCACCCCGCAACAACAACGUACGACACCCCCAAGGGAGGCCUCCACCAGGAUGGAGGGGGGUGGGAAUGCAGCAGCAGCGUGGGCCUUAGUCUGCCAUGGCUUGUGGGAACGUCUCCCUUAGAGCUCUCCUCGCUGUCGGGCUUGCGUCAGACGGAGUUUGAGCCUCUCUUAGUGGCGCUUUGCGACUUACUGACUUCGCCAGUUGUCCAAGGCACGCUGCAUCAAGUGGCCGUUGUCGGCCACGUGGUGGCUCCUUCAAGAGACUGGGAAACAGUGCAGGCUCUUGCCGUGACGCUUGGUAGCAAAGCCAUAGUUGCUUUGUGCAUCUUGCUGCGCGUGAUGCUCCAGCAAUCGCCAGACGGCGAUCCCCCGUUGAGCAGUAAGGCUCAGGGGGGGAUCGAGCGUGUCUUUGGAUUUAUGGAGCACUUUUGCUUCCUCACGUCGGGGCUAGAGCCGCAUCAGAUGCAGCCUUUCGCAGUGGAGGCCUCCUCUGCGCAGAGGGAGGGAGGGGCAGGACUUCAGAAAGGGUUUGAGUCUCCCGCCCCUUGCAGCGAGACACUCCCAGAGUCACAGCAGCAGCAGCCCACAACCGCGCAAGGCGCUCCUACGCAGACAUUUUCCACGUCUUUGAGUUCGCGAUCUGCAAGUGUGCCCGACUUGCGGUUGGCCAUUGCUGCGUACAGCCAGGGAUGCGAUCGCGGUCCACCUUCCGCGGCCUUCAGCUCCGUAGUCUCUGGUAAAGAAAAUGCGGAGGGUCUCCCUCUGCGGGAGGCGGGUGACUCUCCAGGCCACUUCAAGGAGGAGGAAGAAGAAGUGCGCCUGGAUAGAGUUGCUCGGCUCUGUGGCUUGCCGGAAAGCGUUCUCGCCACAGAAGGCCUUCAUCCUCCUACGGUCACCGGACAAGCUGUGUUAGCAGCGGGAGAGACAGCCAAGGUGUGGAGCUGGAUCUUCAAUCUGAAUAAAGCGUGGCAUGCAGCCGUGGAAGAGGCCCUCAGAUCUCAAGAAGGCAGCGGAAUAUGGACGCCGUCGGUUGUUGAACCUAACAGGUCUGCAGAGACGUUUGAAGGGCCUCCUUUAGGACUUCGACGCGUCGAGGAGCUCGUCGGAAGAGGGUGGGACUGCCCGAUGGCGUCGCUGCUGUUGCUCAAGCCUAGACAAGAAGGCGGAUACAUUCAUUUUAAGGGCCCUGUUGACAUGCGAGUUUUCAACUACGAGGGGGCUUGUUCUCUGUGGUCUAGCCGCAUGGUACAUCGCUUAUUGGAAACGCCUUUGCAGUGGGCUUUGCGCAGAGAUGCCCUCCAUCUACUCUGCACCAUUGCUUCGCUUUGCCCGAACUUUCUUGUCGAACGGCUAUACAGGGGGAUCAAGGAGCCCCCUAGGACGCAGGGGCCUCCUGAGGAACGUCAGGCUUCCUCGUGGACAGCAGCGCUCAAUGUGAUUCGGCUGUUGCGCGUGUGCACCUACUUUAUUAGCAGGGAGACGGACGACAGCAUUCCAGAUUACCAGCAACCUUUCCGCUAUUACUUGGACUCCCAGCCUAGUGAGGAGCUGCUGCUGCAGCUGGACAGGUACAGCGCCGUUGCCAGUCCGCUCUUUGGGUGGCAGCGAGUGAUAUACAGGAUCGCUCUGCGAGAGAGCGAUCCUGAAAUUUUGGAAAGGUUGCACCAUCUGCUGCAGACCGAAUUGCUGUAUCACCUAAUAGGCUCAGUAGCACAGGUGGUGAGCAACAGCAGCACCGGCCGCUCGAAGAAGGCCCCCAAAUACUGUGCUUUAGCACCGUCAGUUUAUGUAGCACAUUGGCUAAUGGAUGCCUUUAUCCGGCACCCGCUUUGUCCCGGAAACAUUCGUCGAGCCGUUGUAAACCCUGUCAGCUACUCGGCCCUCUUUGCGCUGCUGCUUAAUGGCACCAAUCUUCCCAUGAAGCUUGCCCUUGAUGCAGCUAGAAUGACGCACUGGAUUGCCGCGAGGUUCGUGCCAGAAGCCCCCACCCCCAAGGACUGUGAUGCAAGCGCUGCUUCCUCGGAUACGUCAGGGAGCUGCCGCAUCAAUAGGGGCGUUGGGGAUGUCAGUCUACGACUUUUCAAGUGCAAAAACGCUGCGCAAAUAGGCAUUCCCGUUGAGGCCUCGAAUUACUGGCGAGACACUCUGAGGGCCUCGGUAGAUGGCUUCGCGGUUGCAGGGCCAGGUCGCCAGUUUCUGUCUUUCUUGCAGUAUUACUUCGACUGCAUUUGUUUCAUCAGUGCAUCUAUGUUCGACAAUUUAGAAAAAGCCAACAGCUGGAGGGCCGCCACGCUGGACUGCUUCUGCGCCUCCGACCUUAACAGGAUCCAUGCGCGAUAUCGCAUUAACUGCAGCCUCCUUGCGCACUAUCUGGCGAAUGCAUGCGUCACAAUUCUCAAAGCCGAUAAGUGGGGUUCUGUUGGCUGGAUGGAGCUCACCAGCAUCCCUUUGCUAGCCGACAUCGUGGCCUACCUCCUAGCCGCUGAGUCGAGUGCAAAGGCCUCCUGCUUUACAGGCCCUUCCGGCGGCCUCCAGGCAGCGGGGGGCAGCAGCCUUGGUAUGUCCUCAAACAGUUCUGAUAGAUCCUCGCAUGAUGCGAUGACGGAGCUUUUUUCCCAUUCCAGCGACGAGGCAAGCAGUGCAGACUCCCGCUUUCAGGUGGCCUCUAGCGAGGGAGGGGAGUCUCUCCGCAUGCUUUUCUCUGCCCCUUUCACGAGAGUAGUCCACACAACCCCAGUCGCUGUCUCCUUCGCAGAGCCCCUAAGCUGCACUCGCUCUGUGGGACGUUUAGAGGCGUUCCCAGGGACCACCUUGCAGCUUAGCUUCGAUCCUCUUGAGGGGGCCUCCCUCCAAGAGAUGCAUGCUUCUGAGGCUCAACACGGAUCGCCCCUGGAGGACCUAGGAGAGGAGUCGGCCCCCCGUCUGGGGCCUAAGGAGAGGCCUUCAUUAAGGAGUGCUCCUAGACUUUUGGUGUCUCUAGAUCGCUCCCUCGAGCAUUUGGUAGGCGAAAGUUCCAUUGCCACGGCGUGCCCCGAGUGGAUUCUUAAGGCACCUCUCCACAGUCUCGGGAGUGAGACAGACGGCCUGAAGCUGCAUGCGCGGAGGAGAGAGUCGCAGGCUAGCAGUGGGUGGGGGCCCUCCUCUUCUCGGAGCCUCCUGGAGGUGGUAAACCUUCAUGCCUCCGCUGGGGAAUCGACUUACGCGUGGAGCAGUGUUGCGUUGCAGUGUGGCAGUUCUUCUGCGAGCUGUAGCCUCACCAUCUCCCUGCAAGCAGCAGCGUGCGGAGAAUGGGGGGGGGGAAAAGUCCCUCCUCGCAGCAGCACCAGCAGCGACAGUUGGGGGCCCGAUGUGGGGGCCCCCUUAAGUAGAGUCUUCUUUGGAGCGGUAGACAGCGCCUAUGGGAAGCAGCUGCUGGAGGGCACGUGGAAUGGAACUGCGCAAGCGACUCUCUUGCAGCUGAGUAGCAAGGAGCUCAGUGCUUCUUUCGAUCCGCCGGGGAUGCCUAGCCGCCAGUGGGUACCUGCCCAUGGCCUCAAGGCUCGAAAAUGCGACACGCUUCUGGCAGAGCUGCUGAGCGAUACUACAUUGGGGGCCUCGGCCACCCUGGGGAGAGCGUCUUAUUCGACUACCAUGAACACUCCCAGCGAAGGCAUAAUCAGCAAUGCGGGGGGGGUGACCUUCGUGUUGUCUUCUGUUGGGCGGCAUUUGUUGUGGUUCGCUGAGGGUCAGUUGGUCGCUUCUCAAAUGCUGCCACCGAGCUGCACGGCAGUUAUACCCGUGAUUGUGAUUCGGAGGACUCCUGAGGUUGGCACGUCUUCUCAGGGUGUGUCUGCGUCCUUCUGGAGGGGCCUCGUCUUUACGGCUUCCUUAGGGGGGGGAAGGGGGGGCCCUCCGGGUGCUGGAGGGCCAAUAAUAUCUGUGCCCUCCAACGAAGUGUUCUAUUUUCUAGAGCCAGCGCCAGUCGACUUCCCGGCGAGGCUUCUAGGGCCCCUCUCGUGGGCUUCACGCAAGCGCGAGGGCCCUCUCCCCGCCUCUCCCCCAACGGCAGCAGCAGCAGCAGCAGCUCCCAGAGACAGGCGGGGAGAGGGAGAUGAUGAACUAGCAGACGCACAGAUGAUGGCGUUACAUCGCUCGUGGCUGGGGCCUAGUUCCUUGUCCUUUACAGCCCCCUCCAACUCUGCCUGCUCCUCAGGGGUCUCUCUGAGUCCCCAGUGGAUUGUUCGAGCGCUGUCUCUAAAAAUCCGGGGGGGAAUCAGCGCGCGCUUGCCUGUAGGGGCCCCAGCUGUGUACUCCUCUGCGGUGUGGAAGUGGGUGAGGCGGCCUGACUCCAGCCGUGUGCCGACAGAGGAGGGCCUGAUGGAGUCUCCUUUAGAGGAUCUCGAGGCUGCACACACGGCCUCCCGAGCUGUCGCCUCCACAGGGGCAUGUACAAAUGACUCCUGUGAUUUCUCCCUCCUCUCCGCCGACUCGCGGCAGGUUAGCGCGCGUACUGCUUCCAGUGAUGCAGCGUGCAUGUGCGGAGGUGUUGCGGGAGAGGGGGGAGAGAUAUCCGCCUUUCAGUGUGCUGCAGCGGCGUGCUCUGGGUGCCCUCCUGGAGGCUCCUCUGAGAGCAGCCUAGUAGACGUGGGAUCGGUGCAUCCUGCGCUUCCGUUUCGCGUGCAGUUUAGGGGGGAACCCUGGAGUCAAGGUGAGGGUGGCAUUCACGUGGUCGGCAUAGUGUGGGGGUUCUGCCGAUGGCUGUGGUUUUCUAACGGGCGGCUUUCUGUGCCUUUGGAUUUGCCGCUGGCAGAAAUGAUGCGGCUUCAUGCGGAAGCAGCGGGGACAAGCGGCCUCCAUAACAACAGGAGCCGUGCUUCUCAGGGCAUCCAGGAGGAGAGCUGGAGGGAGACUCAGGUGACGAGGGGAGUGACGGGCUUCACCCCUAGAGACACUGUCGAGAUUGAAUUCCAGCCUGCUAUCCCCGCGCUGCUCUUCAAGAAGAACGACGUUUAUCAGUUCGGUUUCAGCUUCGAUAGAUUCUAUCAGUGGACCCCAAGUCGGUCCUCCUCCUCCCGCCACCAGCAACAGCAAAGAACCCUCCAGCAGCAGCAGCAGCAGCAGCAUCAGCUGCAGCAGCAGCUCCUUGUAAAGUCCUCUGAAAACAGGGAGCAGCGCGAUGCUGGUGCCUUCGCUUCACAGCGUGUGAGAAGCACAGAGCUUGUUUCGACAGGCUCUGGGGGGGCGGUGGGUAGCACGUUCAGGGGCAUGCAAGGACCUGCUCCCCUGCCAACCCCGCGGUAUGUAGAGACGCAUCAGGGGGCUGUGCAAGCUCUCUACCACGCCAUAAGAGACAGAAACAUGCGUUGGCUCUCCAACUUUUUCUCCUACUAUCCCCACUGGCUCGAGGCUCAAGACGCAGCGGCCACCCCUGGGAGCUGCACCUUUGCGUAUCUGGAGCAUCGCGUGUCUAUGUGGUCUACAGGGAUCGAAGCCCAGUGGCAGCAGCAGCCGCCGCAGCAGCAGCAGCCGCUAGCUGCGAUCUAUGGGGAACAUGAGAACGAUACCCCCCUUAAGCUAGCCAUAAAACGUGGCUAUGCAGAUGUGGCGCAGAUGCUGGUAGAGGACGCAGGCUGCAACCCUGACGGUGUAGGUACCGGCAGCGAACGGAUAACACCCUUGAUGCUGGCAGCUGAAUUGGGGCAAGACGCUAUCGUGGCAAUGUUGGCGGCGAGUUAUGGUCUCAAUGUAAACCGCAGAGAUGCAGAUGGAAACAGCGCCUUGCAUAGAGUUGCUCUAAGAGCUGCUGGCCACUCAUCUGCCGCUGGAGGCCGAUUGGGCAUAUCUCUCCCCUCUCCGAAACAAGGAUUCCUCUCCACAGUCAAAAUGUUGCUGUCUCUUGGAGCCGAUUGCACGAUUAGGAACGACGCCGGGCUGACUCCGGUCGACAUCAUAAGCUCUCUAGGAGACACACCGCAAGACGGAGUUGAUGCUGUGGCAAAGUUGCUGCAGUACGCUGCAGUGACAGCUCAAAUGCAACCUUGUGGCUGUAGACCACACUCGAAGCCUUCUUCAGCUUCCCACAUGGAGGCAUGUCGAGGAGGCAAGGGGGGAAGCACGGCGGCGAGUGUUCCUUGGAGGUGGGGUCCUCUCCUCGCGAACUGCACUGUGGUAGUAGGCGGACCAGGGAGCAUCGCCUUCAGCCUGCAGAGCCUCUACAUUGAUGGAGAGCGACGUGAUAAUCCUUCACUCGAGACAGAAAGGGAAGCUGAAGCCGCUCCCCUGAGUUCCCCAGCGGCAUCUCGGGCUUCAGAAACGCUCACAGAGGAAUGGCAAGGCCAGAUGAAGCUGCAGGAUUUGAAGACUGCGUCGCAGUCCUUAAGGGCGAACACAAGAGAUGGCGGGGACAAGCGUGCGAGCUCCUCCUCUCGGGUCGGCAGGACUUCUACCAGCCUCGUUGCGAGCAACUGCACGCCAGCAGUCGUUCAGCAGCUGCGAUGCGUGAAUGCUGCGUCUGGAGGUGCUGCUAAUGCCGAAAUAACAGAAAGAAGCGACAACACUCCCACCACAGACUCUGCAUGCAGGCAGUCUACUGAUUCUGCCGCGUGUCAGACACCGCCUUCCCUCCUUCGGCCCGUAGACAAGCGGCUGCCCUUGACAAGCGCAGACGUGCGAACUUUGCUACAGCAGCUGCUGCUAUGGGGCCUUGACCUGUUCGAAGCCUCCUCAGCUUCCUCCUCCCGCAGCACUGAGGUGCAACCGCGCAUCCUGCGGGCUCCACUCCCAGCUGCGUCUACAGCCCUCCUGUCUAGUAUCGCGAUGGCUGAAGACUUCGUGUCCCUCCAGCAUGCCUUCCUCGCUGUCAUCAGGCGGCUGCUCACUCUGGAAGUGCAGCAUCAGCACAAGGAAGAGCAGCAUUCCAGGCCUCCCAUGCACAUGCACAACGGGCAGCAAACGACAGCAGCUUCUUCCCAGACCCACCGGCCUAGUGCCGGGGUAGCCAGCCAAUCAGACGCCUCCAGAAGCAAGCACAGCUCGAGAGGAGAAGUUCGCUUUUCCUUAGGGCCUCCUCUUCAGGGCAUCAGUUUGCAGUAUCUCGCUGCACUUGCAGAGAAUGCUGAGGAUCUCGGAGACCUUGCAAGUCUGCUCUUACCUCUAGACACCCUGGCUGCUCGCAUAGAGGGAUGCACACAACCGGGUUGGAUCGACGGCAUGCAACGGCACAUGUGGCGGCAGCGUGUUGCGAGGGACCUAGGGAUUCAGGUUGCUUUGGGAGGCCCCGGUGGCCUCGUGUGGACUCCCGACAUCAAUUUGCUGGCUCGCGCUUCCGGCGUUGAGCUGCAGGGGUUCCCCACACCCCGCCUCCUCCUCGGGGAAGAAGCGUCCUCCCCCGAGAAAGGCCUUGGCCUGUUGGUGGUGCGAUCUGUGCCCGCGUCUGAUGACGUCAUCGUACAUGAGGUCAUGCAGUUGUGGCCCCUGAAGUUCGACGUCUGGCUGCGGCAGCUGCUCGAUCUGUUUGAGUCCACGGAUGAGAAUCGAGGCACAUCACCGCAGGCUGAAAAACACCUACGUAUUGCUGCCCUGGUGUCGAAGGCUGACGGCAACCGUGACGACCUUCUAGCUUUCUACCGGCGGUAUUCCCACCAAAUGGCAAAGCGGGACUUCAGUGAAGAACUGGAGCAGGCCGCAGCCCUCAAAGAAGAAGUCCUCGCUCAGCUGAGAGAAGUCUCUUCGCGAGUAGCAACAAGCAGUUCGGGCGAAGGGCUUCUGCAACAAGUCAUCGGACUGCGUCUGCGGCUGCUCGAUCAUCUCAAUACAUGCGCGAUGAGAGCUGUGCCCGUGAUUGCCCCUAUCUUUAACAUCCCCAAGUUGCCUCUGGACUGCUACGGCUUGCUGACGGCCCAUUUAGGGUCUUGCUUCUUCCAGGGAAAUGUUUCGAGCCAAUUGGAGGAACCGAAAGUUCUGCGGAAGGAAGCCUGGCGUCGAUCUUACGGCAAAUGCAAAAUGGUGCUCCAAGUCGGCCCUUCAGAUCUCCCCAUUGAAAUGAGUGCUUAUCUCUUUGUGCGGCCUUUGCUAACAAAUGCAGCAGUUGGCGGUCUUUGGCGUAGUCUUGUUGAGAAGCUUGGCUUUUCCAAUCAUGAUCAGCCUUCUGUGCGCCUUGACCGAGGGCAAGCAGCAACAGCGAAGACGCUGGCACACACCCUCUGGUAUCAGGCUACCACGCAGUUACUGUCUUCUGCUGCCAGCCCCUGCAGACUCAGAGGCAGAGUGGGGGACAGGCCUUUUAUGGUUGUGUUCCGGGGGGAAGGCGCUACGGACUUCGGAGGCCCCUUUCAGGAGUUCCUGUCUGGUGUGGCCAAUGAGGUAAUGGGAUCUUUGGCAGAGUCAUCUGAUGAAUCUCUCCCCACCUUCCUCGCCUGUCUUCCCUGCCUCAACUCAGCGCAUGCAAUUGGUCCUCGUCAAGAUUCCGUUGUGCUUCGGCCCGACGCGUCGAUGUCAGUGCCGGAUCCUUUGAUAUCAGCUCUGGAUCUGCUUUCCCAGAAUUCUGCGGAAGGGCAGGUGGUCACAGACGGUCCCCCGCAGGUGUCGAGCCAUUCCCAGAGUUGCACGGAGCCACAGCAUGAUGCCUGUUCUGCAGAGGAAAUGAAUCAGUGGGCUGAUAUACAUAUACCGCAAGCCUCAAGGGCACUCUCUGUAGAAGCCAUGCAUGCCCGGCAAAACAGUACAAAUGGAGAUUCGCACACCAUGUCGCAAAGGCAGCUUAGUCGGCUGUUACGAGUGGACACGUUAUGGACGCCUGAUUCGAUUACCAGUGCCCUCCCAUCCCCUGCCGCGCGCAUGCGUGCGCGUGUGCUUGCGAGCGAAGCCUCUGCACCAUCCAGGCAAGCCCGGCAGGACGAGUCAUUGCAGCCACAGUCCCAUCACCGGGAAGCGGCGACCCCAUUAUUGAGCCCGUCCUCUAGUGCUAGCGCCGCGAUUGCACCUCCCCAGCCAGAAGACGAUCUGCCUAAUGAAGAAAUGAUGUACAUUAUGAUGUACGAGGCCCUUGGCCGGCUCAUGGCCAUGUGCUUCUGCAUCGGAAGUGCGUUCAACGUUACCUUCAAUCCGCUUCUGUGGAAAAAACUUGUCGCUGCUCCAAUCAGUAUUGACGACGUGCUGGACUCAGACUGCGUGUCAGUUGAGAUGAUUCGAUCUUUGCGGCGGAUGGCAGCGGUGCCUCCUCAGUUCUGGGAUUCGGCGAUGGAGGCAUCGUUGUCGGACAUGACAUUUUGUGCAGAGGAUACCUUGGGGCGUUCAUUCGAGUUGGUAGAAGGUGGCGCGGACAUACCCGUCAACGCACUUAACCUCAACACUUUUAUUCGCCUUUCUGAAAAGUUCCGGCUGCUUGAAGGCACUGAAGGAGUUGAAGCUCUUCUCAGAGGCUUUGGUGCUGUACUACCUUUGGGGCGCAUUAGACUGCUGUUCGACUGGCGGCGGCUGGAGUAUCGUGUUUGCGGCGACCGUGAGGUAGAUGUGAGUGUUCUUAAGGAGCACACUGUGUGCUCGUCUGAACGGCUCAAAGGCCAGCUCUUCCAGAUUCUGGAAUCAUUCGUAUGCGGCCGGUCGCGAUUACCUGUUGCAAGCAGCGAGUGGCGCAUGACGGUCGACUAUGAAACACCUGAUCAACGGAUUCCCUCGGUUAACGACAAUCGGCUGCCCACAGCUGCGACUUGCAGCUUCCGGCUGUUGGUGCCUCGAUAUUCUUCCGUAGCCAUAAUGCGCAAGCGGCUACUAUACGCCAUAAAUAACUGCACGGCCAUUGACCUCGACGCAUUUGUGGUCCAUGAACAAAUGCAGCUGAUGUAUGAUGACUAA